AUGGUCGUCUGCGUCUCUCUCUCUCUCUCUCUCUCUCUCUCUCUCUCUCUCUUCUCUCUUUAUCCUACUCAUUCCUAUCGUGUUUUUCUCUCUCGCUUUCUUGAUUGCUCUGUUUUUUCUCUGAUCGUCUUCCUUUUCUUUCUUUAUCUAUUUCUCUCCUACACCCUUCUUUCUUUUUGUCUACACGUCUUUCUCGUUUCUUUCCUCUUUCUUUCACUCUCUUUUUCUCUUUGUUACUUUUUACUUUUUCUAUCGUCUGUCUCUUCUAUCCUUUUUUUCUCACACUUUCUGUUUUUUUUUUUUGGGGGGGGGUUAUAUAUUUUUCUUUUCCACUGCCCUCUUUCAUUCGUUUUCUUCUUCUCUUUCAUUCUCUCCCUUUUCUUUAUUCCACUCUCUCAUAAGUGUUAUAUGGGAUAUAAUUUUUUUUUUCGGAAUCUAUCUAUCCUCUUUCUUUCUCUCUCCCCCUCUUUCUUUCUCUCUCCCCCUCUUUCUUUCUUUCUCUCUCUCUCUCUCUUUCUCUCUCUCCCUCUCUUGUCUUUCUCACCUUGUAUGUAUCUUACUCGUAAUUCCACUGUCUUUUUCUUUCCCUCUUUUGUUAUCUCCAUCUCUAGCCCUCUUUCUCUCUUCCCCUUCUCUCUAUCUCCCUCUCUUUCUUUCUUUCUUUCUUUCUUUCUUUCUUUCUACCUUUGUUACGUCAAACUUUCUGUUUCUCCCACAAUCGAAAUCAUUUCACUUUCUUUCUAUAUUUCUAAGUCACUGACUUUUUAUAUCCGUCAUCUAAUCCAUAAAUUACGACCAUCUGUACCUGACCCCAUCUAUCUAUCUAUCUAUCUAUCUAUCUAUACCAGCCUUCUGUUCAAAUCUUUCAAUCUUUGUUCAAAUCCAUAUAACGUUCAAACUAUCUAUCUGACUGUUCAAAUCUAUCUAUCUGUCUAUCUAUCUAUCUAUCUAUCUAUCUAUCUAUCUAUCUAUCUAUCUAUCUAUCUAUCUAUACCAGCCUUCUGUUCAAAUCUUUCAAUCUCUGUUCAAAUCCAUAUAACGAUCAAACUAUCUAUCUAUCUAUCUAUCUAUCUAUCUAUCUAUCUAUCUAUCUAUCUAUCUAUCUAUCUCAGUCUGUUCAUAUCUGUAUAUCUCAGUCUGUUCAAAUCAGUCUAUCUCAGUCUGUUUAUAUCUAUCUCGGCCUGUUCAUGUCUAUCUACCUAUCUGUCUAUCUCAGUCUGUUCAUAUCUAUCUACCUCAGCCUGUUCAUGUCUAUCUAUCUAUCUAUCUCAGUAUGUUCAUAUCUGUAUAUCUCAGUCUGUUCAAAUCUAUCUAUCUAUCUCAGUCUGUUCAUAUCUACCUCAGUCUGUUCAUGUCUAUCUAUCUAUCUAUACCAGCCUUCUGUUCAAAUCUUUCAAUCUUUGUUCAAAUCCAUAUAACGUUCAAACUAUCUAUCUGACUGUUCAAAUCUAUCUAUCUAUCUAUCUAUCUAUCUAUCUAUCUAUCUAUCUAUACCAGCCUGUUCAAAUCUAUUUCUUCUGUUCAAAUCUUUCAAUCUCUGUUCAAAUCCAUAUAACGAUCAAACUAUCUAUCUAUCUAUCUAUCUAUCUCAGUCUGUUCAUAUCUAUAUAUCUCAGUCUGUUCAAAUCAGUCUAUCUCAGUCUGUUUAUAUCUAUCUCGGCCUGUUCAUGUCUAUCUACCUAUCUGUCUAUCUCAGUCUGUUCAUAUCUAUCUACCUCAGUCUGUUCAUGUCUAUCUAUCUAUCUAUCUCAGUAUGUUCAUAUCUGUAUAUCUCAGUCUGUUCAAAUCUAUCUAUCUAUCUCAGUCUGUUCAUAUCUACCUCAGUCUGUUCAUGUCUAUCUAUCUAUCUAUACCAGCCUUCUGUUCAAAUCUUUCAAUCUUUGUUCAAAUCCAUAUAACGUUCAAACUAUCUAUCUGACUGUUCAAAUCUAUCUAUCUAUCUAUCUAUCUAUCUAUCUAUCUAUACCAGCCUGUUCAAAUCUAUUUCUUCUGUUCAAAUCUUUCAAUCUCUGUUCAAAUCCAUAUAACGAUCAAACUAUCUAUCUAUCUAUCUAUCUAUCUCAGUCUGUUCAUAUCUAUAUAUCUCAGUCUGUUCAAAUCAGUCUAUCUCAGUCUGUUUAUAUCUAUCUCGGCCUGUUCAUGUCUAUCUACCUAUCUGUCUAUCUCAGUCUGUUCAUAUCUAUCUACCUCAGUCUGUUCAUGUCUAUCUAUCUAUCUAUCUCAGUAUGUUCAUAUCUGUAUAUCUCAGUCUAUUUCAAAUCUAUCUAUCUAUCUCAGUCUGUUCAUAUCUACCUCAGUCUGUUCAUGUCUAUCUAUCUAUCUAUACCAGCCUGUUCAAAUCUAUUUCUUCUGUUCAAAUCUUUCAAUCUUUGUUCAAAUCCAUAUAACGUUCAAACUAUCUAUCUGACUGUUCAAAUCUAUCUAUCUAUCUAUCUAUCUAUCUAUCUAUCUAUCUAUCUAUACCAGCCUGUUCAAAUCUAUUUCUGUCUUCUGUUCAAAU